AUGUCGGAUCAGGCGUCGGAAAAAAGCCCCACACUGACCGGAAAGAAUCUUCAAAAAUUCUACGCACAGCACGAUGUGAAUCUGGAAAGCCUAUUGGAAGCCGGAAAUGGAUGUUUCCCCUGCCGAUUUAUACGUUUGAAUCCGCGGUGGGAUCGGGAUGAGACACUGCAAUUGCUCAAGGCUGAAUUGCCAACACCGAGUGUGUACCCCAUUCCGGUCCCGUGGUUAGACGAUGCGUUUGGUUUUUACGCGUUGCCGGGAGACUUUCCUCUGCAACGAUCCAAGUCGUUCCAGUCAGCUCGUGUCUACGGACACGAUGUAAGCUCCGGUGCUGCCGUGGCAGCCUUGUUGACGGAUCAGCACGACGCCCACACGCCAAUCAUUGAGGCGGCGGGUGCACAUUCGGAAACGCACAACGGGCAGCCAUUGCAGCUACGCGUUUUAGAUUUGUGCUGUUCACCGGGAUUGAAACUUUGUGCCAUGUCGGACUUUUUGAAUCACCAGGGUACCCCGGCAAUGGUAAUUGGUGUGGAUGUAUCGGAGUCGCGCAUGGCGGUGUGCAAAAAAGUCGUACACAAGUAUCAAUUAAUGCACGAAGGCAUCACCAGGAGUAGUACAUUGGCAACACCAAGCGACGACUCACGAAUUCGUUUAUAUCUGGCCGACGGCACUACAUUUGGUAUGGAAAAUCGAUCGCUCAACUUGGUUUUUGACUCAGUGGCGGCGAGUGAGGAGAAUGUUUUGGGGAAGCGAAAACGGAUGAACAAAAGUGCCAGGGCCCGUCAACGGAAGCGACUAGACGCACUGAUUAGCUUAGAGCAACCCAAACAUUGUGAUUCUUUGCUGUCAUCUAGUAAUACGCCCAUCAUCAGCCUAUUUGAUCGAGUGCUGAACUGCAAAAGCGAUUAA